AACCUUCUGCUUCCACGCAAGCUAGAGAACGAGAGGAGGGAAACGUCAACCCUGAAUCCAAGGACUCGAGCCGGCUUCAGCAUAGACAAUUUCGACGCUGAAGAUUAUUUCUUUUUCAAAUUCAUUUUAAAUUGAGCUCCGCGUGCUGAGAAGAUGACCCGUUUGUGGGAUAGAGCUCUUUUUCUCCUAUGCUUUACAGCACAGGUGUUCACUUUAGCCCGGUCCCAAGUGUGCCCGCAGAGAUGCCAGUGCCCAGAGGAGCCCCCGAUCUGUCACCCCGGGGUGCCCCUGAUCCUGGACGACUGCGCCUGCUGCCUCGUGUGCGCUCGCCACAAAGGUCAGGCGUGUUCUGAACUCAACCCCUGUGACACGCGCCAAGGCCUGCGGUGCGACGACACCUCCGGCGAACGCAAGCGGACGGGCGUAUGUGUUGCGCACGAAGGCGACGUCUGUCUUCUGGACGGUGAGGUCUACCGCAACGGCCGGACCUUCUUCCCCAGCUGCGAGCACCAGUGCGUGUGCCGAGACGGGCAGAUCGGCUGCGUCCCGCGCUGCAACAUCGACGUCAUGCUGCCGGGGCCCGACUGCCCCGUGCCGCGCAGGGUGCGAGUGCCCGGCGAGUGCUGCGAGAAGUGGGUGUGCGAGCCCCAGGCUGAAGCCAGCGCACUGGGUGGCUUUGCGAUGGCGGCCUUUCGUCGGGAGGAAACGGUGAGCUUUGACUCCUGGGAGCCCAGCUUGAACUGCAUCGAGCAGACCACGGAGUGGGGGGCCUGCUCUCGGACCUGCGGCGCGGGGGUGUCCACCAGGGUCGCCAACAACAACCGGCGUUGUGAGCUGGUCAAGCAGAGCCGCCUGUGCGUGGUCAGACCUUGUGACGACGACCGGCAGGACCGGACGGCGCUCGCGAAGCCAAAGAGAGGCAGCAAAUGCCAGAGGACGGUGAGGAGCGAGACAGCCGUCCAGGUCUCCUACAAGAACUGCACCAGCGUGCAGGCCUACAAACCUCGCUACUGCGGCUCCUGCGAGGACGGCCGCUGCUGCACCCCGCACAGAACCAAGACCGCCCUGGCGGAGUUCACCUGCGCCGGCGGUAAAACCGGCAAGAGGCCGGUCAUGGUGAUCCUGACCUGCGCCUGCCACGGUAACUGCCCACGCGACAACGCGGCGUGGCGGCCUUCGGAGCCGGGCUACAGCGGCAUGACGCUACCGGUCGUAGCGUUCGUCGUUACAGCCGUUUCCGCGGCGCCCGAUUCAGUCGUCCGAGCAGGGCAGAGCUCUGGGUGGCGACACGUCGACCUCUACCGCCGAACCCGACUCGGGGGUCAGAGUUGA